UUAACGGACGGUCAAAGUUCACCGAGCAUGCGCACAGCGUCCAGGCAACAUGGCGGCGGAAAUGUGACUUUUUCUCGUCCCGUGCCGAAUUUUACCAAGUUUUGAAGAUUAUACAAAGAAGCAAUGGACAAGGUGUUGGAGGGAGUGAUUUCAUCUGACCACCCAGAUAAGGUGAAGAAAGCCCUGAUCGGCAACAUCCUCCUGACGGCCAGUAAGCCCGUAUCACACGAGGAUGGCAAAGCUAUCUUCACCCUGGCCACACACUGGAACCUUCAGGGGGAAACCCCGUUUAUACGCAGUGUGGGGAUGCAGGUGUUUCUGGCAUGGGGACUACACCACAGGGACAUCUUGGAGGAAUUCUUUGACAUCAAGCUUGUCCUGGGAGUUCUCCGCGGCUCCUUCACCGCAAACUUCCCAAACGAGAAACUCGUCCUUCUGUAUCUCUUAGAAGGGUUGAAGAUGUUGCGAGGAAGUCCGUGCUUGUUGCAGAUUUACAAAAUAGUGCAAAGUGAUGCCUUAAGGUUGGUGCAAGACAGCGGCAGUCUUGAAGUCUGCGUGGCUCUAACUAGUCUUCUUCUCGAGUUCAACCAGUGCAUACCCAGAGACACGGUUGUGAAGUUCUGUGAGGAACUGGUGAAGAGGAUGGCCCUGUGGAAGAGUCCGGAAAAUGAAAAAAGUUUGAAGGACUACAUACAGAAUGUCACGCAGGUGGCAAACCUGCUGGGAGUGGUUUGGAAAAAGGACCAGUCGGCGCUGUUACCGAGUCUCAGGACUGUGUUUGGGAUGAUAUCCGCAGUCGAGGUGUCGAGCGAACCAUCGGUCGCGCUCGCUUCCAUCGUUCCUCAAGUUCCCAUCGACAUGUUGGCGGUCAUCACCAGGAGUGUCGUUACAGACCCAAAAGUCCGCGAUGCAAACGUUGAAGUGUCUCUGAUGAGGAUGAUUGGUUGGUUGAGCUGGCCAGUGGCAAAGAACAUUGACCAAUGGCUGGUGGCCUUCUUGAAGAACUUGGCUGCAGUGCAAAAGUACACACUGCUGAUUAACAUUACAAAGGAGAAUGUCAAAAAGGUGUUCAGCCGUCUGUGUUACCCUGUGGUACGGAACAGCGCCCUGGCUGUGCUGUCACACAUGCUGCUCAGUUUCCAGCACUCCCCAGAAGCUUUCCAUCAGAUUGUUGGCCUUGUCCCUGAGAUGAUAGUUUUCCUGAAGAAAGAGGACAGUACGUCCAGUCUGGAGUGUAUGGGAAGGCUGGCUGAGCUGGUACACUGUCUCAUCUACCACCACUCAGGCUUCCCUGAUCUGUACGAGCCUGUUCUCGAGGCACUUAAGGGUUUGAACAAGCCUACAGAAGCAAUGGUAAAGCUUCGGCUGAGCCAGUCUGCCUGGACGUCCCAGAGCAACGGUCUCCUCAGCUAUCACUCCAAGUUCAUGCCGCGUUCGGAGACAGGGAAGACCGGCCUGAUGAACCUGGGGAACACCUGCUACAUGAACAGUGUGUUACAGGCACUCUACAUGGCUGAUGAGUUCCGGAUGAAGGUUCUAAGCUACGUGCCAAAUGGUGCCAAGGGUGUGCUGGCACAGUUACAGGACGUCUUCGCUUUUCUCUCUCACACACAGAGGACUGCAUACUCCCCGUCAACUUUCCUCCACACCGCCCGCCCGCCGUGGUUCAGCCCGGGAUCACAACAGGACUGCUCCGAGUUCCUCAAGUACCUUCUGGACAGGAUUGACGAGGAAGAAAAGGCCAGGAAGAAAGCACAGGCACUGCUGUCUCCUCAAGAUCAGGCCCACCUCCCGAGCAAGAUGGCUAAGACUGAGGAGAAUUGUUCCGACGAUGUUGACACACCUCCUCGCAAGAUGAAAAGUGUUCCUGAGACACCCUCAUUGUCCAAGUGCCAAGAAGUGCCAAACUGCAACAUGGUUUCUGUAUCAGGUAGCCCCACAGUUGAAACAACCAGCCUGACCACUGAACCAAAGCACUUGCUCAGUCCACGGCCGCACGCUCCUACUAUUAUAGAGGAGUGUUUUGGAGGGAAGAUGAUGUCCAGUUUCAGAUGUCUGAACUGUGGAUUUGUCUCCAUCAAGGAAGAGCUCUUCACAGAUUUGUCAUUAGCCUUCCCUCACAAGGACUCUCAUGGCCAAGAUGGAACCCCUCUUGAGGUAACCAAUGAGAACUCUUCCUGUGAGCUGGCGUCCAAUCAGGAUUCAUCUGUAGUGGGCGUAGCAUCCAAUCAGGUGCAAAGUACUCCUCAGGAUUCAACCAAUGAUAAGCUACCAGUGAUGAGAUCUGCAGGAACACAGACUGAGGACUGUACAGAACAAGAAGACAUCCCCUUGACUUUGGAAAACCUCCUGUCCUAUUUCUUGGCCCCUGAAACACUACACGGUGAUAAUAAAUAUCAGUGUGACAGGUGCGAGAGUCUACAAGAUGCAGAAAGGCAAAUUAGGAUAAGUCACGCACCCUCUUACCUCAUUCUCACUCUCAUGAGGUUCUCCUUUGACAUUAAGACGAUGCGAAGGAAAAAGAUUGUUACAAACGUUCAAGUGCCCUCUUCCCUCACACUCCCUGUAUGUAGUAUAGACUCGGGAGAUUCUGCACAGAGUGCAAUUCAGGAAACAAGCACAAACUACAGCCUCUGUGCUGUUGUUGUGCACUCUGGGACGUCGUCAGAGUCAGGACACUACUACUGUUACGCCUCCCAUCUACCGUCAGACCGUCACCAGGUUGCCAUGGAAACAGACGAGCAGGAGGAUGAUGGGAAGGUCGUGUCGGGACAGUGGUUCCUCUUCAACGACAGCAGGGUGUCGUACACGUCCCUGGACUCAGUGCGGAACAUCACAGAGAAGUUCCCGAAGGACACGGCGUACGUUCUCUUGUACAAGAGGCUGGGAGACAUGGAGGGGAACCUGGCUGAAGGGAAGGGCGUGGCUGAGCCCAUCCUGAGGAAAGACCUGCUGGACACCAUAACCAAGGAUAAUGCACUCUACCUGCAGGAGCAGGAGUUGGAAGCUCGGAGCCUCGCCCUGAGACAGUCCCAGAAGGCGUGCACCUCUUCUAUCCCCUUCAGGAACCACGACGAUGACAAGAAACCCCCGGGGAGCUGUGGGGGUGGGGGAGGGGGGUUCAACCUGCCCUCCAACAGAUUUGUGUUUUAACAACUGGAUGAAAGGGCCAAGCAUGCUUCCUUGUGGUACACAUUAUGUCAAACCAUCUCAAUCAGUUGUACUUGAUAAAUAAACCCCACAUGUGGAAGCACUUGAACAUUUCUCAGAGGUUUCUAGCCUUUUUGAAACCAGAUACCAUUGUGGUAACCCAUGUAGUCCUAAGUUUCUAUGUAUUACAUAGUGCAAUGCCCAUCCUACUGUGCCCCAUGAAGACGUUUAUUUGGAAGUCCAGAUACCGGUAGUUGGCGAUGUAGCUAAAACAGGGUAAUCUUUAAAAGAGUGAGAGGUGUGUUACAGAUGGUACAUCCUUGUUUUAACAUUUUGUUUCCAGAUAAACGGUAGGUAGGUAAGUAAUACUAUGUUUACUACAUUGAGGUUUAUUAUCUUUUCUCGAAAUAAUGAUUCCAGCUUCUGUAAGACUAGCACAGGUAGAUCAUGUAGGGUUACAGUAUGUUACAUCUUGUUAGAGAUGGAGGAUCUGUCAAAACUGUAAAGAUAAUACAACAUUAGUCCACAUCAGACAUGUCAUGGUCUGUGUGGGGGACAUAGUGCAAAAGAGCGGUCAAUUUUUCAAGAGAUUUAUUUUGCUGUAUUUGGCACUUAAGUGCUAAAUUGGCUUUUAAAAUAUUGUGUUGCUUGCAAUUUUAUUAUUCCCUUUUACAAAAUAACUAAAAGUUUAAGUACUAAGUUACAAGUUUAUUGUUCAUACAUUAAAAAGCCUCAUAUGAUGACCUUGUGAUCGCAUGCAGAUGAGUGUAAAUUAAUCUGUGCAACAGUUGUGUAUUAAAAAACUGUAUUCGAA